AAAAUUGAAAAAAAAAAAGGAAAAAUCUCCUUGAGAGUGAAAUGCCGUCGGCCCUGAAGCCUGAAAUUACACACGCUUAACAAGAAACAUUCCCCUCAGGACACAAAGCAGGAGAGUGCACUGUUGACUUAAUUAAAAGGAGUAACUAAGCAUAGGAAUUAUCUAUGCGUAGCCGAAGGGAAAUGGAACCGAAUGCGAAUCAUUCUCCCGUGGAGAGACCUUGGCAGCAUUUCUUUAAGAUAAUCCUUCCUAGUACCAUUGAUGAGAAGAAACUGAGGAUUCCAGAUAAAUUUGUGAGAAAAUUUGGGGAUGAACUUUCUGAUGUUGCUAAUUUCAUGGUCCCCAAUGGUUGUGCUUGGAAAGUGGGAUUAACAAAAGAUCAAAAUGGCAUUUGGUUUGAUGAUGGUUGGCAUAACUUUGUAGAACAUUAUUAUAUCCGCAAUGGAUACUUUCUAGUCUUUGGAUACAGAGGUUUCUCCAAUUUUAGUGUUCUGAUACUUGAUGUGACUGCUUGUGAAAUUGAGUAUCCACAAAAUGGUGAAGGGUCUAUCUAUGGUGAGAAAUGCUUGGUCCAUCAUCAGAUUGAAAUGGAGAACAAUGAUUCUAUUCAAAUCUCGGGUUCUACACUCCUAUCACCAUAUUGUUUUUCUCUGAAAAGCAAAGUUUGUGGUGAAAGUGUAACAAAAGGAGAAUCCAGCAGAAGGCACAAUCGACAAUUGCAGAAUCCUGGAAGGAAGAAGCAACAUAGAGGUGUUGCUUCAAUGGUGAACCCAUAUGAUAAGCACCUUUGUGACACAAGGAGCAAAAAAAUUAAGAUGGAAGAGCUGCUUGAGAUAGCAAAUGUUGAUGCCAAUGAACCAGGGAGAGGGAAAUUGGAUGAACACACAAUUUCCAACUCACAUGGACCCUUGGUUAAAAUCAAUGACAGCAAUAUAUCCAAAGUUGAGCUUGGUGAUAAUGAGUUGUUGGCUAAAUGUGAAGAAGAUGUGGAAAUUAUUACUAGUGAAAUGUUUGGAUUUAAAAAGGCAUCCCCAGAAAGUGAGAAGGCAAUUCAGGCUGCUAGAAUGUUCAAGCCCAAAAGUCCAUCUUUCAUGGUUCUUUUGCGCCCAUAUAAUUGCUAUAACAAUAUUCUGUACGUGCCAGCUCGAUUUGCUAAGAGUUAUUUAAGUAGAUUUCAUAAGCAUAUUAAACUUCAGGUUUCUGAUGGAAGAGAGUGGAUAGUCCGUCUUGCUUGGAAAGGAUGUGGACGGGUGGACUUUGGAGGGGGAUGGAAUGCAUUUUGCAGGGAGAAUAAUCUGCAGGGAGGUGAAGUCUGUGUCUUUGAGCUGAUAAGCAGUAACGUGCUGAAAACUUCUAUGUUUCGUGCAGUUCAAGAUGUUAGGCCUGAGAAAUGAUUGCUAAAUACUGCAUCAGGUACCUAAGAUUUACUAUAUCUGCAGCUUACUGGCGUUGUUUCAUUUUCCAUGCAGCAUCGAAGAGCCAACAGACGAUGAUGAAUCUGGCAGUUUUUUUUUGUUUCACUUUUUGUAAUGCAUAUUAAUAUUUUGAAGCUAAGGAAUGCCUAUGGAAUUGAAAUGCUGGGCAGAAGAUGAAUAUAUGUAAAGCUUUUAGUUUUUUUCCCAAUAUAUGUAACAUAAAUGAACCUUGCAAGCGAUGACAGUAUAAAAAUGAAACCUUGGCAAAUGACUUGAACCAAGGUAUUCAUAAA